AUGUCCCUUGUCCGGGGCCAUGGAGACAUUGCAGCCACUACGGCGCCGCCUCUCUCUGAAGAAGGGGAAGUGACCUCCGGUCUCCAGGCUCUGGCUGUGGAGGAUACCGGAGGCCCCUCUGCUUCGGCCGAUCAAGCCGAGGAAGAGGGAGAAGGAGGCCGGGAGGAGGUUGAGCAUGAGGGGUCCGGGGCCGAGGAGGUGCAGGGAGAAGCCCCCAGCCUUGAGGGGGAGGAGCGUGCCAAGGGAGAAUCCGAGGACUGGUGCGUGCCCUGCAGCGAUGAAGAGGUGGAGCUGCCCGCAGAUGGGCAGUCCUGGAUGCCACCCCCCUCUGAAAUCCAACGGCUCUAUGAACUGCUGGCUGCCCACGGUACCCUGGAGCUUCAGGCUGAGAUCCUGCCCCGCCGGCCACCCACGCCUGAGGCCCAGAGUGAAGAGGAGAGAUCCGAUGAGGAGCCAGAGGCCAAAGAGGAGGAAGAAGAAAAACCACACAUGCCUACAGAAUUUGACUUUGAUGAUGAGCCAAUGACACCAAAGGACUCCCUGAUUGACCGGAGGCGCACCCCAGGAAGCUCAGCCCGGAGCCAGAAACGGGAGGCCCGCCUGGACAAGGUCCUUUCAGACAUGAAGCGACACAAGAAACUAGAGGAGCAGAUCCUUCGUACCGGCAGGGACCUCUUCAGCCUGGACUCAGAGGACGCCAGCCCCGCCAGCCCCCAACUCCGAUCCUCAGCGGGUAGUCUCUUCCCCCGGCAGCGGAAAUACUGA